AGGAGGUGCUGCAAGCAGUGGCCAGGGGCGUCGACCUCUUUGACUGCUCGUACCCCCACGACCUCACUCUGCUCGGCCUUGCCUCCACGAUGCCUCUCCUCCCUCCCUGGUGGCCGCACGCCGUGGCGCAGGGGGAGGGAGAGGGGAAGGAGGAGAGGGAUGGCGGGGCAGUGGAGGCGGAAGGGGUGUACAGUGAAGUGGGGAAAGAGAGCGAGGGGGAGGAGGCGUUGGGGUCCAAGAUGAACCUGUGGUGCUCAUCGCACAA